UUUGCCCUCCUACCCUCGGUAUGGGCUUCUUCCACGGCCCUUGCUCCCCGUGGCCGCGAGGCGCUCCAUCCCGCUAGCGCCAUGUCUCAGGACAGAGGGGCUCGGCCCAAAGUGAAGUCCGAGAGGAGCAAGGAAGGCCGUCCAGGCGGCCGCCGGAAGGCCCGAGGCAGCCAGCCUGCGGAAAGAGGGAGCCUCUCCCCUCGGGAAGCGGUGGCCGGCGGAGGCCACGAGGGCCCGGAGCCCUCUGGCAGGAGCGUGGGGCGCUCCUUGCGGCAGAAGCUCCAGGCGGCCGUGGGCCAGUGCUUCCCCAUCAAGAGUGCCUCUCGCUGGCCCGAGCGCGCGUCCCAGCGCAAGAUCCACCUGCGAGAGCUGAUGCUGGACACGUGUCCCUUCCCGCCUGGCUCUGAGCUGGCCCACACGUGGAACCUCAUCAAGCAGCACACGGCGCCCGUGUCAGAGCAGGAGGCGCUGGGCCCACCGCUGCCGCCCCCCACGGAGGACGAAGAUGCCCGCCUGCGGGAGCGGCGGCGCAUCAGCAUCGAGCAAGGGGUGGAGCCCCCUCCGGAUGCCCUCAUCCACACAUUCGAGGUGACGGCGCAGAUCAACCCCCUCUACAAACUGGGUCCAAAGCUGGCGCACGGGAUGACCGAGCUGGCGGGGGCUGGGCGGGCUGCGUUGGCAGCUGCAGACGAAGGGGAGGAAGAGGGGCAGGGGGGCGAGGAGGAGGAAGACGAGGACCAGGAGGAGGGAGUAGUAGUAGGAAGAGGAGGCGCCUCCGCCUCCUCGGUGGCUCUUCCCGGCAGCCGAGAGGGGCUCCCGCGGGUCCACACCCAGAUCGACUACAUCCACUGCCUGGUGCCGGACCUGCUCCGCCUGACGCAGCUGCCCUGCUACUGGGGGGUCAUGGACCGGUACGAGGCGGAGGCCUUGCUGGAGGGCCGGCCGGAGGGGACCUUCCUGCUGAGGGACUCCGCCCAGGAGGACUACCUCUUCUCCGUCAGCUUCCGGCGCUACGGGCGCUCCCUCCACGCCCGCAUCGAGCAGUGGAACCACAACUUCAGCUUCGACGUCCACGAUCCCAGCGUCUUCCACGCGCCCACGGUGACGGGCCUGCUGGAGCACUACAAGGACCCGAGCGUCUGCAUGUUCUUUGAGCCCCUCCUCUCCCUCCCCGUCCACCGCACCUUCCCCUUUGGGCUGCAGCACCUCUGCCGGGCCGUGGUGACCGGCUGCACCACCUACGACGGCAUUGGGCAGCUGCCCAUCCCCAGCGCCCUGAAGGAGUACCUCAAGGAAUACCACUACAAGCAGCGGGUCCGCGUCCGGCGCCUGGACGCCUGGUGGAACUGAGGGGGGGGGAGCCUUGGUGGGGGUCCCAUCCCAAGCUGGCUGGACUUUGCCCUGCACCCCACUCCAUCUCAAUGGUGCUUGCACCCUUAACUGACCUCCUCCAUGUCUGGCUUGCCUGCCCGUCCCCCUCAAGUGGCCCUCUCCUCCACAUCCCAUUUCACACCUGGUGCAGAAUUCUGUGUUUGCAUUCCUGGGGAUCCCCAGAACUUCUUCAGUCCCAGGAGGGGAGCCCCGCGUGGCCUUCCCACUGACUGGGAAACACGGGUUAGAGCCAGCCCUCCUCCCCCCGACUGGGCUCCCGCCUGCACAGGGCAAGGGUUAGCCCAAACACCACCUUGGCCCCCAGCCCAGAAGAGGGCUUCCAUGGCCUGCCACCGGUCUGUGUGUUACCCACCUGUCUGCUCAGAGAGCGCACACAUCUCUUUGGGCAGCACCCUCUGCUAUUAGGAAAAAGAAGUGGUUUGCAGCCCUGGCUUUCCUCACCCGUCACAACCCCUGAUGGGCACCGGAUGAGCAACCUUAGAGAAAGCACAAAGACCAGGGUGGGGGGUGGGAGGUUGAGGCUGCCCCUGGACCAGCCUUUCGAAGACGCCACGCAGGGGGACAGACCCUCCCUGUUUGGCUUGAC